UUUUUGUGGAGACCCUUUUAUUCUUGGCCUUCUCUUCUUCCACUACCACUCUUCUCUCUCCUUCUCCCCUCACUCCUCUUCCAUCUCUGUCCCAAUGGACUCUGUGACCCUAUUCUGUACUGGUGCUCUCCUCGCCGGUGGCCUCUACUGGUUCGUCUGCGUUCUCGGCCCGGCCGAGCGACAGGGCAAGCGUGCCGCAGAUCUCUCCGGUGGCUCCAUCUCCGCCGAAAAAGUCCAAGACAGUUACAACCAGUACUGGUCCUUCUUCCGUCGCCCUAAGCAGAUCGAAGCCUCCGAGAAAGUACCCGACUUCGUAGACACCUUCUACAACCUCGUCACCGAUAUUUACGAGUGGGGUUGGGGUCAGUCCUUCCACUUCUCUCCCUCAGUCGCCGGCAAGUCCCACAAGGAUGCCACGCGCCUCCACGAGGAGAUGGCCGUCGAUCUCAUCAACGUCAAGCCCGGUGCCAAGAUCCUCGACGUCGGAUGCGGCGUUGGCGGGCCGAUGCGCGCGAUUGCAGCCCACUCGCGCGCCAACGUCGUGGGGAUCACGAUCAACGAGUACCAGGUGAAGAGGGCUCGUUUGCACAACAAGAAGGCCGGGCUCGACUCACUCUGCGAGGUCGUCUGCGGCAACUUUCUAGAGAUGCCUUUCCCGGAGAACAGCUUCGACGGCGCGUACUCCAUCGAGGCCACCUGCCACGCGCCGAAGCUGGAGGAGGUGUACGCCGAGAUCUUUAGGGUUCUGAAGCCUGGAGCUCUGUACGUUUCGUACGAGUGGGUGACGACUGACAAGUACAACGGCGACGACGCGGAACACAGGGAGGUGAUUCAGGGGAUCGAGAGAGGUGACGCCCUGCCGGGGCUGAGGACCCACGUGGACAUUGCCGAGGCGGCGAGGAAGGUAGGGUUUGAAGUUGUGAAGGAGAAGGAUCUGGCCAGACCUCCAAGUGAGCCAUGGUGGACCAGGUUGAAGAUGGGCAGGAUCGCCUACUGGCGCAACCACAUUCUCGUUAUCGUGCUCUCCUUCUUGGGAAUUGCGCCCAAGGGAACCGUGGAUGUUCACGAGAUGCUGUUUGUCACCGCUGACUAUUUGACCAGAGGUGGUGAGACCGGAAUCUUCACUCCGAUGCACAUGAUCCUCUGCCGGAAACCGGAAUAACUUUCUCCGAGUCACAAUGGUACUGACAUGUAUCACCCAUCCAAACCCUCCCUUUGUUAUUCUAGUCCCUUUUUUUACAUUUGUUUUUGGUUUUAAUUUCUCUUCCUAGACUCUGUUCUUUUUGGUUUUGCUAUUUUGACAGUCUAAUUUAUUGUAUUUCCAUUCGGAAUUAUUUGAAUUUUCGUGAUUAGGAUCUUCUGCUUAUUCACAUUCUAGUGUCUUGGACUCAUUGUAGUAAUAAACUAAUAAUGUAAUUUUCUCCCUUAGUUUUUGUAAGUUUGUCUGUGA